CAGUCCUGGUAAUAGUAGAGUAAGAGAGAGAAGGCACGGAGAAUCCCAAUGCGCAGCAGAGUGGAGUCUGUGAGCGGGGAGGUGACCGAAUAAAUUAUUUUUCUAACAUCUGUCCACAGUCCACAUUCCACACACACACAUCUACCUCCCUCUCUUUCUCUCUCUCUCUCUCUGGGUAUGAGGUGAACCUCAUGAAAGCUUAUGAUUGCUCAUUUCUCAAUCUCCAUUUCUCCCAUCCCGUCCCUACACCCGUCUCUCUGAUCUCAAAGAGAUGGAGGCUGUAAUCUGAAAAAGGAAAGAAAGGGAGAGAAAGAUUCAAUCUUUUUCAUUAUUUUUAGAGUGAGUGGUUGGUACAGAUCCGAGGAGAGUGAGGAGCGGGGAUGAGAGAGAAUCGAACGGAAAUGUCGGAAGAUGACGAGAGAGCAACGGAUCUCGGCGGUGGUGGAGCUGUUGUUGUCGAGGCAUCGUCCAAUAAAACACGCAGCUUUGGCGGAAAUGGUGGUGGCGGACUCGGAGUCGGAAUCGGCGGCGUCGUCGAUUAUUGUCCGUCGCCGUACCCGGACCAAGUCCUCGAGAACGUACUGGAAAACGUGCUUCUCUUCCUUACAUCACGCCGCGACCGCAACUCGGUGUCCCUUGUUUGCAAGUCUUGGUACAGGGCGGAGGCGCUGACUCGGACGGACCUCUUCAUUGGGAACUGUUAUGCUGUGUCCCCGCGCAGGGCAAUCGAGAGGUUCCAAAGGGUGAGGUCCUUGGUGCUCAAGGGGAAGCCUCGCUUCGCUGAUUUCAGCUUGGUCCCGCCCAAUUGGGGUGCCCACUUCUUCCCCUGGGUCUCUGCCAUGGCCGCUGCUUACCCUUGGUUGGAAAAGGUUCACCUGAAGCGGAUGUCUGUCACUGAUGACAAUUUGACCCUCCUCGCUCACUCCUUCCCCGGGUUUAAGGAGCUUGUGCUCGUCUGUUGCGACGGCUUCAGCACCGCUGGCCUUGCCGCCGUUGCCAAGUGCAGACAACUACGAGUGCUUGAUCUAAUUGAUGAUGAAGUUAUUGAGGACGAUGUGGACUGGAUUUCCUGUUUUCCGGAGCCUGUUACCUGUCUUGAAUCUCUCAUCUUUGACUGCGUCGAAUCCCCUGUGAACUUUGAAGCUUUGGAGCGAUUGGUGGCUAGGUCUCCUUCGUUGAGGAGGCUUAAGCUGAAUCGGCAUGUCAACCUGGUGCAGCUCCAGCGUCUGAUGGUUCGGGUUCCCCAGCUUACUCAUCUUGGAACAGGUUCUUUCAGCACCUUGGAUAACCCAGCACAAGUAGAUCAGGAACCAGAUCUCUCAGCUUUUGCUACAUGCAAGUCCCUAGUUUGUCUCUCAGGAUUUAGGGACAUUGUGCCUGACUAUCUAUCGGCUAUCUAUCCAGUCUGUUCUAGACUAACCUCACUUAAUUUCAGUUAUGCCAACAUCAAUGCUGAACAACUCAAAUCUGUCAUCCGAUACUGCCAUAAUCUCCAGACUUUAUGGGUCCUUGAUUCUGUAUGUGAUGAAGGGCUUCAGGCUGUUGCUGCAACAUGCAAGGAACUCCGUGAGCUCCGCGUUUUCCCCAUCGAUGCUCGUGAGGAUGGUGAAGCUGCUGUAUCUGAGGUUGGCCUCCUUGCAAUUUCUGAAGGUUGUAGCAAGUUGCGAUCCAUUCUGUAUUUCUGCCAGCAGAUGACUAAUGCUGCUGUGGUGGCUAUGUCAAGGAACUGUCCAGAACUCAUGGUCUUUCGCCUCUGUAUAAUGGGGCGUCACCGGCCUGACCACCUGACUGGAGAACCUAUGGAUGAAGGAUUUGGAGCCAUAGUCAUGAACUGCAAGAAGCUGACAAGGCUUGCUGUGUCUGGCCUACUCAGUGAUAAGGCCUUCAGUUAUAUUGGGGAGUAUGGUAAGUUGAUUAGGACUCUGUCUGUUGCUUUUGCCGGAGACAGCGAUAUGGGGUUAACAUAUGUGCUCAAGGGUUGCCCCAAAUUGCAAAAGCUAGAGAUCAGGGACAGUCCAUUCGGGAACUCGGCCUUGCUCUCUGGCUUGCACCACUACUACAACAUGAGGUUUCUCUGGAUGUCGACAUGUAAAUUAACCCUUGAAGGAUGCAAGGAGGUUGCUCAAAGAAUGCCCCACUUGGUGGUUGAAGUGAUCGGGGACAGGGAUGAAUGUGACACUGGUGAUGCCAUUGAUAAGUUAUAUAUGUAUCGAUCUCUUGAUGGGCCAAGGGCUGAUGCACCACCAUUUGUGAUGAUCUUGUAGUCAUGCAGUCGAGUAUGCUAGUGACAAGGAUGUGUUAUCUGUUCAUAUGACGGCCACUGAAUGAGUUCACCUUUUCAACUUUGCAGGAAUACAGUGGGUGCAUUUUAAAACCCACAGGCAGGUUCUCUCAUGCCUUGUCAACAAAGGUGACAAUGCACUGCAUCUUUCUUUCUCAUGCCUCAUGAAACUAAGAUGACAAAACGUUGUAUCUUUCUUUGCUUGGGCUGUUGGAGUGGCAUUUGAAGUGGAAUACCUGUAAAGCUUUUCAUCUCAUGUUCGCCUAGGUUUUGGAACGGUCCAGCGAAGGGAAUGAAAUUAGGCAGUGUUCGGUCAGAUGGGCUAGCUCAUCAGAUGUUGUAUUGUAGGUGAUCGGAUUUAAUGUUUUCAUUAUUUAUCAUAAAAGAAAAAAAAAGUAGUUGCAUGGUGGUCGGCGCAGUGGAGGAUGCCUCAUCCAAACGAAGCUGUAACUUAUUUGGAGUUGAGGGCAUAGAAUUUGCAGCUUCCAUCUUGUGCAAGAUCAGUGUGCUUCCUUGACAAAGAAACGCAGACCGAUCAUGGGGGAUUGGAGAUUUUUUUUCUUUAAAUAUUUUUUUAAUGAGCAGGGGGAUUGGAGGUUUGGAAGGUGAAGGUGAUAAAUUAUAAACCUAUUUACUGGCCUAGCGUUGGAGAAAGUCAUAUCCUGGGAGAUGAUGCUAUUUUUUUAUUCUCUUUUUCAAGUGGUAGUUAAUUUAAACUGUUCUUUAUUUGAUUGUUUUGGACAUCUUAGCAAAUUCCCUUAGAUUACUGUAAGGCAUUUCAGGAAUGUUAAUCUAUCCCCAGUCUCCAUGGAAGUUUUGUUUCUGAAAUCCUUGGUUCUGAAGUGAUUGCUUAA